CGUUUUGAAUGGGAGUUCCUAGAGAAACAUUUGUGAGGAGAGAUACCGCGACCGCUAGUCCAGCCCAGUGGGUGGAGAGACUGGAUGCAGGGUCCCCUCUUGAUCCGACGGGCUCGCAUGCUCAGGGCAUCUUACUGUGGGCUGUCAUCGCAGUAAGAAAACGCCUCGCAGACCGAUCGCAAUUAAUUUUCCAGUAUUCCUGUCCGAUGAACCAUAAGGGACGCCAAAGAGAACGCCUGACAUUUCUUCGGAUAUAUCGGUAUCUUUUUCCUCGAAUGGAUCCAUUAUUACUUUAGAUGGAUUCCUGCAAAACUUUCUGUAUAUAAUUUCAGUAGAUCAUUUUGCGAUCUGAAAGUUUGUCGCGCUCCGUCUCCAUUUAAACCAAUGGGAUAGCGUCCAUCGCCAUGUCUUGGAAUAUGUUUCAUCAUACAGUAAACCUGAGAAUGGAUCUACCUUUCUAGCUACGUGGGCUUUAGAUGUAAGACGUGCAGGAGAUCGUUUUGAUUAAGUGAAAGUUACGCUUCAGAAUCGGCUCAUCUUAACAAAGUUUGAGAUCGGCGAUGGCGUCCAGCCUGACUUCCGUCGGCAUCGUAUGGGCACUACUGUCCUUCGUGAGCGCCGUUGCUUCCUGCGUGGGCUUUUUCAUGCCCUACUGGCUGCUGGGCUCGCAGAUGGGCAAGCCGGUAUCGUUCGGGACGUUCCGGCGCUGCUCGUACCCUGUGCGGGACGAAGAGCGGCAGGCGACGGUCAUGCUGGAGCAGUGCGGGCGCUACGCUUCCUUCCAGGGCAUCCCCAGCCUGGAGUGGCGUAUCUGCACCGUGUUAACUGGGGUGGGCUGUGGCCUCCUGCUCCUCGUCGCCCUCACCGCCCUGAUGGGCUGCUGCAUCUCCGACCUCAUCUCCUGCAGCAUCGGUCGCGUGGCCGGGGGCAUCCAGUUUGUGGGGGGUUUGCUGAUCGGAUCCGGAUGUGCCCUCUACCCCCUGGGAUGGGACAGUGAGGAAGUCAGGCAGACCUGCAGCAACAACUCAAACCAGUUUCAGCUGGGGUCCUGUGAGAUCGGCUGGGCUUUCUACUGCACUGCAGGGGGUGCUGCCCUGGCCAUUCUGGUGUGUAUGUGGCUGGCCUGUUUCGCCGGGAAGAGACAGAAGCACUACCCCUACUAAGCCUGCGGUCGAUGGGGUGGGACGCUUGGAACCACAUUUCCCAGCAUUCCUCAAGGCUGGUCAUCUGACGCAUCACAAGAGACCAAACACCUUGGUUGUAAUACCAUUGCAGGACUGUUUUUAUAUAUCUCAUAUUAGCGUGUAUAUUUGUACAUUUAUACAACAAAAGCCUAUAACAAUAUAGAAAAGCAAAUCUAUAUCUAGUUCACAUUAAAGCAGUUUGGUUUCACAUAAGCAGUCACUUAUUUGUAAUGUAUGUAUUAUGAUUCUGACUAAUGGAGUUCAGUCCUGAUUUUUAAGAGCAUAUUGCAUUGCAUAUUUGUUGUAAACAUUUUAAGUAUUCAUGGACUGAUUAUUAUUUAUGUUUUUAUACAUAUGUAAUACAGGAAACUUAGACUAACCAAACUGCCACUGAUUAAGGUAAAAUUAGGUUUACAAUUGAUUCAAAUGUAAACAAUUUAUCAAUGUUCCCAAAAGUAUGUUAUUAAAUGUAUAUUUAUAAAAACCUUCCUGCUUAUAACCCCCCUUUUCAUUUCCUCAGGAGGUCAGGUUGCCUUUUUUCCUUUUAAGUCACAGUCCACACCUUGAUAUCAAAAGAAAUGUAAUAAACCCCCACUUUAUUUGGCCCUGUUUGCUUUAAUUCCACCUUGUCCUUGCUUGUCCCCACAGUGGAAAAACAACACUAUUAAUUUGCACUUUUAUGGCAGUCUUCUCAACCUGAUCCCCAGGGUACUGUAACAUAAAUAUAAUUCAUAAAUGUUACAAUUAAAAUAAAAACUAUUCACAUUUCCAAGAAUAUUACGCUUCAGUGAUUAGAGUUAUAUAUCAAUAAUCAUUAUACAGUUCCCAUCAGGGGUAAUUACUCUGGCUCCAUUUUUCAGAACGCCAUUCCCUGUUCUUCAUUCAUACGCAGAUGGACGUACAUUAUGCCAUGACCUUCAGAGUCGUACUUCCUUUGAAUCCUGCUACGAAAGAAGCUUUCUCAGCAUACUUCAUGGCUGGCUGAUAAGCCUUAGAUGUGCAUUGAAGUUUUCUCCAGUGAAUACACGUGUUGCUCGGAAGAAUUUUGUUAAAGAUUCAAUGCAAUGGGGAUUACUGGCCUCACAUUUAACAAUUCGUUCUUAAAACCGUUUCCAUCUAAUACACAUCAUCUUCAAGUUUUGAAAUAACGAUAGUCCAUUAUGACUUUGUCAGCUUCAUCCCCGCUGUUUUGCCGAAGAUCCCAUUCGCUUAUAUCUCUGAAUAUUGAAUGUUUAAUGUGCCCGUUUGGUGAUGGUUAUCGUACAUGUAUAUUGUGUAAUAUUACAAUGAUUUUUUUUUUACAUAAUGAAUGCUUUUAUUUGAUCAUAUAUGUAAAUAAAUUGCUUUUGUGAAUGCGGUGUGUUCAUUCAAGUGUAAAAAGCAAUACGAAAGUGUGACGAAGAACUUUGUUUAGCUUAUUUCUCGCUGGGUUAUUUCCGCUUUGUCUCGGUACUGCGACUCAGGAGGGAGCGUGAAAAUAAACUGUGCUGAAAGCCGCGA